AUGGAAAGGGAUAUUUCACAAAAGCAGCCUCAAAUUGUGGUUUCAUUCUUAUGUGCUUGUUUAAAUGCUAUAACUAGUGGUAGUCUCUAUUUAUUCUCUUUAUAUGGGCCACAGUUAGGAAAAGAAUUGGGAUACAAACAAGUGCAGCUAUCUUUUGUUGGCGCAACGGGAAAUAAUGGAUUGUAUUUAAUGGGACCGUUCGCUGGUUGGCUUAUAGAUAAAUAUGGUACAAGAUGGACGUGUCUUGCGGCAGCAAUUUGUUUAAUUUUCGGUUACACUUCGAUGGCCUUCACCUUUAAUCACACUUUCCCGAACUCUUCGUUUAUUUUAAUGGCAAUAUACUAUGCCUUUGUUGGUGUAGGAUCAAAUUGCUCUUUUUUUUCGGCUAUUAAUGUUACUGCGAAAAAUUUUACAAAUCUUCGUGGUACCGGAUUAAGUGGACCAAUCGCUUUUUUUGGCCUUUCUGCAUUCAUAUUAUCACAGUUAAGUAAAAUAUUUGUUGACAACGACGGGAAAUUAGAUGUUUAUAAAUUCCUUUUAUUCAUGGGAAUUGCAUUCGGCAUUGGCAAUUUAAUAUCUACAAUAUGGCUUCGCGUUAUCCCUUCACGUGAGCUGAAUCGGAUCUACGAAGAAGAGGAAGUUGUAGAAGAAACCAACGCAAAUGAACAAACACCUUUAUUAACACCCGCAAGCGCAUGGUCAUGUAUUGGUGAUCCAUCAGCAUGGCUAUUGUGGUCUUCUUUUCUUUGUCUUGCCGGGACAGGACUAAUGGUGAUCAAUAAUAUAGGAACGAUAAUUAUUUCGCUUCUAGAACCAAAAUCCCCAUCAUCAAUUUCCGCUAUUAAGCUUCAGAGUUUUCACGUUUCUUUGAUUUCUAUUGCUUCUUGUUUUGGACGCAUUUUAUCCGGUGUCGCGUCAGAUUACUAUAAAAUUCGACAUGAAACUUCACGAUUAGUAUUCUGGAUUAUUGCCGGCGUAUUAAUGCUUUGUUCACAAUUGUAUACCGCAUUCGGAUUAUCUUUGCUUGGUUCGACAGAUAAGGCGUUAAGUUACCUUUGGAUAUUGACGGUUGGUACAGGUUACGCAUACGGUGCCGCAUUUAGUUUGGGGCCGACUAUAACUAGUGAAUCAUGGGGUUUGAGAUGGUUUGGCAUGAAUUGGGGAGUAAUGAGUAGUGCACCAGCAUUUGGUGGGCUCUUGAUGAAUUUGAUUUUCGGUUUUGUUUACGAUUUUCAUGUUGAUGAAAAGAGGCAAUGUGUAGGUGUUGAUUGCUUUCAAGCAGCUUUCUAUGUAUCCAGUUUUAUUAGUUUUGUUAGUAUUUUACUUGCUUGUAUUUUGCUCGUGAGAACACGAUGA